AUGUCAUUGAGCAAAAAAGAGUCACAGGUCCACGAAGAAACCACGGGUGUGUAUGGGGCGACCGCACAGAGCGGUAGCAGGAGUAGUGGGAAUGUUUUGUCCCGCGCUGAAGUGGCGCCACCCAUUGUGACAACGACACGACAGGAAUUCCGGGAAAUUAGCAGAACAGCAGCUCCAUUGGUGAUGACUUUUGUACUGCAGAUGUCCUUGUCGUUCGUUAGUGUCGUGUUUGUGGGAAGACUGAACGCGCUGGCGCUGGGCGGUGUUUCGCUCGCGAACGUGACAUUCACAGCGACGAUGGCCGUGUUCCAAGGUCUGGCCACCUGUCUGGACACAUUAUGUCCGCAAGCGUACGGUAGCAAACGGUACCAGUUGGUAGGACUAUACUUUCAGCGGUGUGUGGCGAUUUCAGUGCUGUUUGCCGUGCCCAUCGCGCUGUUAUGGUGGUUCUCAGCUUCGAUUCUGCAGCUGAUGGUGGAAGACGCCAGGCUUGUGGCCAUCGCAGCAAAUUAUUUGCGAGUGAUGGUAGCCAGUAUCCCGGGCUUCGUGGUUUUCGAGUGCGGGAAGAAAUACCUGCAAGCGCAAAGAGACUUCACUACAGGCCAGUACAUUUUGUUUGUGUGUGCUCCGCUCAACGUGCUUGCCAACUACAUUUUCAUCUUUCGACUCGGCCUCGGCUACAUUGGCGCCCCGAUUGCUGUGUCUUCGACGUUCACGUUGAUGGGUGCCACGCUAUCCGGCUACAUAUGGUACUGUGCGCGCCAGGAAAGCAGUGUCAAUUGCUGGAAUCCGCUUUCAAACUGGAGACCCAUUUUCUCCCAAUGGAACACGAUGAUUUCGUUAGCGGUACCCGGGAUUAUCAUGAUAGAGGCCGAAUUCUUGGCAUUCGAGUCCUUGACGGUUUUGGCUGCGAAAUUCGGAACAAAUGCCCUGGCAGCGCAAUCGGUAGUUGCGUCUGUGCAAAGCUUGACGUUCCAAGUGCCAUUUGGAACCGGCGUUGCAGCGUCCAACAGAAUUGCACAUUAUGUAGGCAAUAAGCGGACUGAUGACUGCAGAAUUGCCACUCGUGCCACACUGCUGCACAUUGGGGGAAUUUUGGCCGUGGCUAACUUUCUGAUUCUGGUCUUGGGCAGGAAAAAAGUAUCGUCGUUUUUCAGCAAAGAUGAAGAAGUGGCGCACUUAGCGUCGCAAAUCCUGCCCAUUAUUGGUGUGAACCAGUUCGCCGACGUUUUCAAUGUCCUGGCUGCAGGUGUUUUGCGAGCUCAAGGUCGCCAGCGGAUUGGCGGAAUUCUAAACGUUCUUGCCUAUUACGCUGUGGGGAUUCCGCUGGCUCUGACUUUAGGGUUUUAUACUGACAUGGGAUUAAAAGGGUUUUGGACAGGUCUUGGCUGCGGUAUCGUGGUUUUGGCCAUUAGUGAAGUCUAUUGCGUGUGGAACUCUGACUGGAUCAAGAUCAUCCACGAUUCUCACCUUGUGCAUAAAGCUUCUGCGGGGAACUGGGAGUAA